CAGCAGCAGCAGCAGCAGCAGCAGUGGGCCCAGCCGCUGUCAUUGCGUAGUGCAGUGGUGGUGCGCCUGCAAGGGGAUGUGCAGCUGCUGGUGUCGCCACCUUUCCUGGAAGGGGUGCGAGGCUUUGCUGAGGCCCUGGUGCCCACACUGGCAGCCCUGCACCCGACCACUGUGCUGGGCCGGCUGAUGGCACAGUGCUGGAGGGCAGUCAAAGGCAGCACGCCCCCGACGGCUGGCCACCCAUCUCAAGCACCCUGUCCUGCCGAAGGGUACCACGAGACGCACACAGAACAGGUGCAACUCUGGCUUCAUGUACCCCGUGUGAAUGUCAUGGCACUACAGUGUUCGGUUGUGGAAGAAUUGAUUGCUUUUUCCGCUCUGGACAAUCUCAAGGACUUGGCCUGUGUGUCCGUCUUGGCCCUCUGUUUAGACCAGGUGCAAGUGCAGAUGCUGCAGAGCCGGCAGGCGCAACGGUGCCUACAAGUGCUGCCCGAGGCACAGGAGCAGAGCCCACCGCUUGGCCGGCGCCCUGAAAAGCCACUGCUGCUUGAGACGAGCCUGCCAGGCCACCAUCAGGGUGUGGCCACCAUCAGCCUGGGUGCAGCCCAUGCUCAGCUUCGGCGCCUGCGCAACUGCAGCUCCUCGUUGCUCAAGGAGGCCACCGUGACGUGCGUCGCACCCCACCACAGCAAGGUGUGCUUCACGUUUGAGUGCCCUGACUGCGAGAAGGUGGACGACAAGAUGGGCUUCAUCAUGACAGAGUGCGGUGUGGAAGGAGCGAGCUUGAGGCUGGUGGGUCAUGGUGGGCCACACAGCACCAACCCUGAGGCCCUGUACUCUGACGGAGAGCCAUCCUGUGAUGCUUUGCUCCUUCUUGAGAUCAAGACAGUCUGGUUCAACUUUGCUGCCCCUCCACGAACCACCAAUGCACACCGCACUGAUUUCACCAGGUUGGACUGGCAUCUUCUGAGCACAAUGACCCCAUCCAUAAAUGCCUGGCUCAAGCCGUGCGACCGGCUCUUGGUGGCUUUGCGCAAAGCUCAGCAGACAGAACAGCAGCGUCUUUGUGCGGUGCUUGCCUGGCUCAUGGCGGAGGCGAUGGAUGCACAAGGGGGACAUCUGCCACCUAGGGGAAAACAACUUUACGGAAAGCUGACGCCUCUUGCUCGAGCGCUUCAAGAGGAGCCAUCAUGCCAGUUGUUAUCCGCAUUGUGCCGUUUUCUGCCUGAGGCACCCAGCCCUGAAGAAUGCCUUGGCACCCAGUGUGUGCCACCACUGAGCACACUACGACGUGGUCUCUUGGCACUCAGCCGCCAGUGGAAACACCUGCUGUACAUGCCUCUGCUGGUGGAGCAGAACAGCCGGCUGCGCAAACGCACACGGCCGGAGCCACCAGCUCAACUGCUGGGUGUGCCCUUGCGUGAGGAUGAACCCCCGUCUGAUGAGACUGCUUGCCUGCUGGCCGAGGAGCCGCAGGUGCUGCGCAGGCGGCCAGGGUGUCUUGACCAGAUCUCUUGCUAUUUUUUAUUUUCAGGAGGCCAAGACAAGCCGGCCAGGAGCAUUCCCACUUCGGGUGCACCUCUGGAUUCCCCGCUGCAUUAUGGCGGGCCACGACUAGCACUUUCAGCUUUGACAGAGCUUCUGCGCAUAGACCUUGUGGAAUCAGAGAGUCCGGAGCAGCCUCAGAGAAGGCGGUCCAAGCCUGGCCAGCGGCUUUUCGUGGACACAAGCACGGACACACCAGCUUUGGUGUGCGACCGGCUGGCAUUGGAACUUGACAUGCGUCACCCAGGAAGCCCUGGGACCUGUGCCCACAUUGCAGUAGAUGUGCAGUAUGUGCUCAGCAGGUGA